AUGCUCAAGUCCGGGGUCCGGCACACCCCGCUCUCGCUCUCAACGGUGCACGGACGAACGCAAGCGAGGUGUAUAGGUACGGUGAUAGUGGACGUAGUGGAGAAAGUGAAGGACGGGUAUAUGCCGCGUACUACCCUCACCCUCGGCCCCCUUCCUCCCAACCGCAACCGCAACUGCAGACCCACCAUCCCACCCCUCUCAUACGAGUGGACGCGCCAAGCACCGAACUAUGGAGCUCUCCAGUGGCCAACGGGUCUUCGUCGUCUAGAGGUGUUAUGGACCGCACCGGCCAACAUCAUCCCGACGCUCCCGCCUGUCGCCGCUUCUACUUCUUCCUUUGCUUCUACUUACGCGAGCCCGAGCCCGAGCCUACAAACCUACGCACAACCACAAGCCCACGUACAAGGCCAAACCCUCGGUCAAGGACAAGCUUACGGGCAAGCACAGACACGCGGACGAACGCAUUUGAACAGGCCCUCGCUCCAGCUCUCCGUCCAAGGGCUCGCGCUGAUUGACGAGGACGGGGUGGCGACGCCCAUCCCUUCUUCUACGUGUGGGUCUGCUUCUACGUCCAGUUCGUCUGGUUCGGGGUCUGCCUCCUCCUCCUCAGCAGAAGCGGGUGCGUCGGCGCUUCAAACCCAUCCCAUUGACCGCAUCGGACUGGGACAAGGACGUCCAGCGCCCGUCGUCGCUCGUCAACCACUCGCCCACCCCACCAUGUCCUUCUCCCCUACCCUCGCCUCUCCAGCUGACAAGGACGAGCGGAACCCCGAUGCCCACAACGCCAAAUCCAUCCCACCUUCAGGCUACCCCGGACCAGGGCCAAGCGGCGGCACACGCGAAUGGAGCACCGGGCUGUGCGCGUUCGAGGGACUCGGUACAUUCUGCAAAGCCGUCUUCUGCCCAUGGAUGGUGUACGCGGGGAACAAGGCGCGGUUGGAGGACUUGUAG